CAGCGCCUAGGGUAAUCAUGAAUUCGUAAUGCUUCGACUCACAACUGCGAUUGUGAUUCACAAUGGGCGGCUAGACAGGUCGAGCGUCUUGCUCAGCAGGGUGAAGCUUAGGACAGUCGCCUCGCUGGCUCAUCAGUCUGGUCGGGCCAGGCGUCGCCUGACUGAGAAGUUACGACUCGCGCCAUUGCCAAGCCUCGCCCAAGACCUAGAGAGCUAGCAUGCACCCUGGCGCAGGCGAUGCUGACACCAUCUGAAUAGGAAUCGAAUGUAAUUUGGCAACGAACGCAACCUUUGCGGAUGGCAAUUAGGUCACACCACCCAAGAAGAGAGGCCGUGGACAGACACGUCGCCCGUACGGGCGUGGGAAACCAGAUCAGCGUCGCGCACGUCGCGCACGCAGUCCACGCAGAUCAGGCGAGUAGGACAGAGGGCCGUUCUUAUCGCGAUAAGACUCUCAGACUUGCCAAGCACGGGUAGGGGAGAAGCUUGUCGGCAAUCUGCCCUGCCGUGAUGCUAAAUUCGCAAAGGUCGGAAGGAGCAUUCACAUUUGUGAUUGCAAGAUAAGUCAUUUCAUGACGCGGCAUUUUCGCGCGUAUGCGUCGUCGGUAGAGAUGAAACGACGCAUUUUGCACUUGACGGAUCUAAGAACGCGUCUAGCUUUAAUCUUAGCCUUGGGGAGCUGCUGGUGUGCAACGACAGAGCGUCCAAGGUUGCACAACACCUCUUUGAAAGGUUGGGUCGCGGCUGUUGCCGCCGUCAAGAAGACCAUCAGCUACAACAUCCAUGUUUGUACCUUGCGAAGG